GGCAACUAACGGAGUCACAGCCCCAGCUCCUCCAAGAUCCAUCUGUUUGUCGGUUCAAGGACGCAAAACUGUCCUGCCGACAGUGCGGGACCGCCACUGCGGAUGACUUGGGGGUUUUGAACUUUUCUUACUCCCUGAAAACUCGUGACGCCCAGUUCCUCUUCUUCCUUCUCUCGCCCCGCUGUUCCAAGACUUGAAAGAAAUGGCAGAGAAGCGGCGGUCCCCGUGCGCACUGAGCGUCAAGGCGCACGCAUUCUCAGUGGAAGCGUUGAUAGGGGCUGAAAAACGGCGCAGGACGACCGGAGAAGAUGCUGGAUCUCCUGGCUACGAGGAUGAAAAUGACGUGUCUGAUUUAACCGGGAGCCCGGGACUCCGAGCCGGCAGAGCGUGCGCCAGUGACCGGGGCAGUGAGGCGGAAUGUGCAAGUGACGGAUCCCCAGAGAGCAGCGAGGACGCGCUGCUGGAAAGCCCGCAGCCCGCAGCUCUGUGCACGGCGCCUGCAGCCGGGACCGCAGAGGAGACCCGCGUGGACCUGCAGGGAUCAGACCUGUGGAAACGGUUCCACGAGAUUGGCACGGAGAUGAUUAUCACCAAGGCUGGACGGCGGAUGUUCCCCGCUAUGCGUGUGAAGAUUACGGGUUUGGACCCCCAUCAGCAGUACUACAUUGCUAUGGAUAUAAUCCCCGUAGACAACAAACGAUACCGGUACGUAUAUCACAGUUCCAAGUGGAUGGUGGCAGGGAAUGCAGAUUCUCCCGUGCCUCCCAGAGUAUACAUCCAUCCAGAUUCUCCAGCCUCAGGAGAGACAUGGAUGCGCCAAGUGGUCAGUUUUGACAAGCUUAAACUGACCAACAACGAGCUGGAUGACCAGGGACAUAUCAUUCUGCACUCCAUGCACAAGUACCAACCCCGUGUCCAUGUUAUCCGAAAGGAGUGCGGAGAUGAGUUAUCUCCAGUGAGAGCCGUCCCUACAGGGGAAGGCACCCGCACCUUUUCCUUCCCCGAAACUGUGUUCACCACAGUCACAGCAUAUCAGAACCAACAGAUUACAAGGCUGAAAAUUGACAGAAACCCAUUUGCAAAAGGCUUCAGAGACUCUGGUAGAAACCGGAUGGGGUUGGAGGCUUUGGUUGAGUCUUAUGCAUUUUGGCGUCCAUCUUUACGAACGCUCACAUUUGAGGACAUUCCUGGCAUUGCCAAGCAAGGAGUCCCAGGAGCUCAUGGAGGCGUUGGAACAUCAUCUCACCUGCUUUCCACAUCUCCAUGCUCAUCGCCUUUCCAGGUUUGCCCUCUCAGCCCACCAGACUACACCUGUAGUCGGCCCACACACCCUCUCCACCGUUACAGCAACCCUCACGAGCCAUUCCCACAACCAAGAGGUCCAUCCAGUUAUGAAGGUGAAGGAUUCUGCUCCUUGCCUCUUCCUGCAGCUCAGCUCGGCUAUCUAUCCAACCCUGCCUCACAGAGCUACGCCAGUCUUCGCCUCCAUACGCCGCCCUACAGCCUAUACGGUUAUACCUUCCCCCCCUCGCCACGCCUCGCUGCCAGCCCUGAUAAAAUGGCCACCACUGCCACUGCCAGUCAUCAGAGUCCCUUCCUUGGCUCGUCUCCCAGUGGGACUUUAACAGACAGUCUUGGUGUGCUCGGUGGAGGACAGCAGGGCUUCUUGUUUGACUCUCGGACUUUAGGAGUGACGAGCAGCCAGUCUGGGGGUGGGGUGUCACAGGUUACUGCCCAUAUGGGCUGAAUUUGACUCUUGCUUUACAUGGAAACAAAAUUCCACCCUGGGAUGUGCAUUAGUUGGUUUAUGGUUACAUUUAAUAAUUAAUCAUCCACAUGCUGAUGCACCAAAUUGUGGAUAAAUUGAGCGACAGAACAUAUGAGCUUGUCAAAGUUAUAUCUACAGGAAAUACUUUGUUUCUAUCAUGCAUGGUUUCUAUGACAUGCAUCUGCAGUGGUCACUAAAGGAACAAAUGUCACGAAUGAGGAGUCCAGGAGCCACUGACUCACCUGGAACUGAAUCUGGACUGGGCUCAAACUGGGCAGGUCCAGACAAUCAAAGCAAGCACUUCAACCCCUGGCCAGAAGCCCCAACACAGCCACGAUGAUACUCACACAGCAUUUUACGUCACCUCCAUGAGCUUGUCUACUUCUGAAUGGAGCUAAACGCUAAAUAUUAUUACAUGUCUCAGUGUGCUUUCAGUCAAGUUCACUUCUCAGUGUGCACUACAUGCAAGGCCCUUUCAUUACCCAGUUUAAAGAAAACAACAACCCUUGGCAAUGAUCAUCAUGUCAAUGAAAAACCACUGGAGAGGUCCCAGUUUUAGACUCAAGUAUUUAAAACUGUGGGAGAGUGAUACAUGACAAACUGAUCUACAUGUUCUAGGUCUAGCCUGACAGACAUUUGGCUCUGUGGACAUCAGACUGAAGUACAGCAGGCACAGACAUAAGGUACAUAAAUAUAGCAGGAAGGGGAGGGUGGGCUGGAGGAGUGUUGAUAAAGGGUCGUGUGACCCUCCGCACUUAAAAACCCAACGCACCUGCUUCUGCUCUUUAGACUGGGUCAGGUGCACAACAGCCUGCCCUAAACUUGACCGAAAACCUUUUCUUUCCAAAGACACUAUAACAGCAAGCCCUUUGGCGCAAGGACAUUAACAUGUUCUGUGACCGUUUUGAGCCAAAUAAAAUAUAUCUAUUCAUAUAAAAAUGUUUGGAUGUUAUCAAUAUCUUACUAAUUUAAAUGAUUCAACAUGGUUUUGUAAUAUAAUUCGGUGUCUGUGGAUGAAAACAACCCAAAUACAUUUCCUUGAGCAGAGAAGAUAUUUAUUUAUAUUUGCAAUUAUACAUAUGUAGCUUUUUAUGUUAUUUUUGUGGAGCUGAAUGAAACAAACCCACAUUCACAUGAAUACACACAGAUACACCAACACAUCCACAUCAUCCAUAUUGUAUAAUGGUCUUGUAAACUAAUAUCUUCAACUCUGCAGAAGUAACUACUCACACGAGAGAGGGUGUGUGUGGAGAAUGUUGAUGUGGGUGAGAAGGUGUGGAUAUUAGCGUAUUUGUGUGUGUGCAGCAACAGGUGGUUGAGUUGUCAGCCAGUGUGUGACCUCACAGUUUCAAAGUUCAUGUGGAUCCCUGAGAAUUGACACCCCGCCUCCCACAGACGUACACAUGUAAGCACAAAGUCAAACUUCACUGUUGAAAGCAUUAAUCAAGAUUAUUGCAUCAACAAAGCUCAGCCGUUUUAACACCCGAACUAGUGAAAAAAGACAAAAACUUCUUAUUAUAGCAUUGCACAUGUAUGUACUUGUAAAUAUUGUACAUGUAUGUGUACGUGUGAAACUUUAGCAGCUGAAUAAUCUGAGAAUCAGUUGGCUAAAGUCUAAAAUGCCUGAGGAGCCUGUAGGUCUUCUCACCUACCAGAAUAUCCAGGCAAACGCUUCCUGUUCCUAUUCACUGUUUGCAUGUACAUGCAUUUAAGGGUAAAUAUAAAAUAUUUUUCCAACUGUAAAACAGUAAAGUCAGAUGUGACUCCUCCUUCUGUGUGUGUUGCAAUCUGAGCUUUUCUCUUCCAUGUUGGGUUAUUCAUGUAUGUUGGUCCUCGUGGAUUUGAACCAGUUUCUCAAUAAUAUCAGAACCAACUCUCUGUUUUCUCAAAAAGAGAGGGAUAGCCACAAAGACCUAUAUGUGGUUUGGAGAAGAUUUUACUUUCAGUUUUGGACUGAGAUUCUGCUGCUUUUUUUUUU